AUGUCCGAGAUGAUUGCACAGAACGAGACAUCGAGUCUAGGUGCCGCUCCAUCACCUCGAGGGAGUGCACGAAACCGGCAUCGAAAUCGGAAAGCUGCUCUUGUUUGUCGGACCUGUGUCAGGUGUCGAGUUAAGAAGCAAUCACUCAGCUCGUCCAUUAAUUCAGAGAAUUUCCAGAUCAAAUGCGAUGGAAACCACAAUGGAUGCUCACACUGCGCUACUUCUCGCAAUGUGUGUAGAUUUCCUGUCGAUGGCCGGCGAGAGAGCGCCAGGACCACCAAGGCUGAUGUGCAGGCUCUUCAAGACGAGCUGAAGUGUGUACGAGCUCUACUUCACAAUUCCCAGAGCCCAAAACAGCCAAACAAUUCCGAAAUUCUGCGAAGUGGCCAGAUUCAUCGAGGGACACCGGUAGAAGCAGCUCAUGCGCUUUCUCCCUCGGAAGCUCGUCUUGCUGGAACAAUCACUGAAACUGGCGAGCUCCAAGUGCAUGGAAUCACGAGCACAUUGCACCGCCCAGAAACAGACAUUGAUCCUUCAAGCGAGAUAUAUGGCAACAGCACUCUCGACGAUGAAGUGGCUAAAGCACAACUCAUCUCCUAUGCCGCUAUCCAGCGACAAAAAGAAUUGGCAAUGAAGCCAACUCGAGCUCUUUCCAUGAAUAUCGAUUUCGAUGGUCUUCCUCCCGACCUAGCAUUUUAUCUUCUUUCCAUUCACUGGAACUCACAACACUUCUCUUUUCUCCUCUCCUACCGUCCAGCUAUCAUGGACAGUCUCUGCAACAAUGGACCCUACUCGAAUAAGUUGUUGCUGAACGCCAUUUACUACUCCAGCUGCUUGCACAGUAAUCAAGAAUCCCUUCGAUCAGAUCCCAAUGAUCCACAGAGUAUGGGACUUCAGUUCUACCAACGAUUCAAACAUUUACUUCCUGAGUUCAUCGAUGAAGCCAGCAUUCCCACAGCCGUUGCUCUCUUACUCUGUGGAGCAAGUCUCGUAUCUCAUGGCAAGCAAAGCGCUGGCUGGAUAUACUGCGGAAUAGCAUAUCGACAUAUCCUAGACUUAGGUUGCCAUCUCUGCAUUCAAGAAGGGAAUCGAAAGCCCUCGAAGGAAACAGUCCUCGAACAAGAAAUGAAAAGGAGACUAUACUGGGGAGCAUUCAUGACUGACAAAUUCCAAUCCCUCUACUUGGGCCGCCCACCCGUCCUCCACUCCUCACACGCACGAGUCCCAAAAGCGUACCUAGACACUUUCGAAGAGCUCGAAGAAUGGACACCACAUUCACCCUGUCCAAACUACAUGCCUCGUCCUGCGUACGCAACCUCCACAGCACUCUCUCUAAUCUCUCUAGCAGAGAUCAUAGAGACAAUUAUCGAUACUUUCUACUCAAUAUCCAGCAUAAAGACAGCUCCCGAGAAACUCUUACGCAUCAAAGCAGAAACCCAAACCAGACUUCUGGCUUGGAAGACGAAUCUACCUCAGCACUUGCAAUACAACCCCGAAACAGACCAAACGCCCCCACCACAUCAAAUAACACCCCACGCCAUCUACCAAACAACCCAAAUCCUCCUCCACCGCCCCUUCCUUCCCACCGGCCACCUCUCAUUCAUUGACCCCACCACCACCCACGACUCAGACUCAACAACCUGCUCCUCAGCCUCCAUCCAGAUCUGGCACCUGCUCCGCGCCUACAAAGAAACAUUCACUCUCCGCCACGCACCCUACCUAAUAUCCUACGCCGCCUAUUCCGCCGCCCUGAUAAUCCUGCAAACGCAAACCCUGCAGCAACACCCCGAAUGCGUGCCAUUCUUCUGGACCGCGCUGUUGGAGCUACAAAAUGGGUGUAACUCCGGCCUUAAGAAACCGCUUACGAUUUUGAAGAGUCUUGUGAAACAGAUGGAGCCUUCUACUUCAAGAGAAGCUGUCAACGCACAAGUAACAACAAGAGGGGCAAGAGGAGAUCAAGUAUACUCAACAGACUACAUUCCUAACGAUAACUUGGAUUUGCUGGGGGAGAUAGAGAUGUGGGAUCAGAGCCAGUGGUUGGAUUUGGAUACUAUUGUGAGUGAGGAGGGACUGUUGAGUGAUAAUGAAACUUCAUCGGUGAUAUGA